GUAUCGCUUACCAGCUUACCAGUAACAACGCGAACCGAUGCUGGUCGGGUGUUAAGUUUGUUGCCGCCAUCUUGUGGUGGACUGUCCGAAGCUCACAAAGUCAAAUUUUGGCACGCAAAGCAAAACACUCAAAUCGAGGGGCAGCUCGUAACUGGAAAAACUCGUAAAUUGGGGCACUCGUAAGUCAAGGCACGACCCAUUUUUUGUUUCUAUUGGGGAAAAAAAAUCCAACAUUCACUUGCGUCAUUUUACGACUUUUCAUCGGAAAGAUCCGACUUUCGGCCAAUGGGAGCGUCGUGAGAUUACGCCUGAAAAUGAGCUAAUGCGCUGUGGAAAAAGUGGGUCAGCGCUAACAGUCUGCGUGACCGGCACAGGACGAGAGACAGCUGUUCCUAUAAAUAACCUGCCGCCCCUAUCUCACCUCCCACGAGACCUCGCGCCACAUUACAACAACAACAACCCGCUCCUCACAAAAGCCAAACGACGGCCCGCCUGAGGUGAAGGCAUGAAGUCGCUGAGCUUUUUGUCGUCCGAGGCCUUCGUCCGGAGCGGCCCGAGCGCCGAAGAGAACCUGGCCGGCGUCUCUUUCCACGCGUACCCGCACCUCUUCAAGGCCUGCUACCUGCACGAGCGCCCGCAGUUGUUGCGAGCCGUGGUGCGCACGUGGCCGCUGCCCGAGCUCCACCUUGGACGUCUCCUGGGCCGCACGGCCGACUGCCCCGCCGACCUGACCUCUCGCACGUGCCGGCCAUGUCUGACGGCGCUUUUCACGGGCUUGAAGGACUUCGUGUUGUCUCCGCCGAGCACGUACGCCAAAGUCCUGCACACGGUGGACCUGACGUCCUUGAGGGACGUGGAGCGGCAGGCGUGCCCGUGCGGAGCCACCCUGGGCCGGUGGGCUCGCACCGGGCUGCUGAGCCAGCUGUGCUACGAGACGGCGGCGACCGUGGAGGGCGGCGCCAGCGUGCCCCCCUCGGCCGUGGACGUGCGCCUCAACGGCUUUGUCACGGGCCGCAACUACGAGCUGGUGACGCAGGCCUUGAUACUGGCGCGCCACUCGGCCCUCAAGCCGCGUUUCGUGACCCUCCGCGCAGAUUCGCUCGCCCUCAAGCAGCUUUUCUACGUCCUCCGACUGGCCCGGCCGGAGGCCAUGCGCAAGCUGGAGGUGGUGCACAACGUCCCGCUGCAGGCCGCUCACCUGGAGGUGCUGCUGUCCCGGGUGGACUUCCCCAGGCUGCGGUCCCUCACGCUGCCCACGGGGGCGCUAGACAUCAGGAGGUUGGGAGCGGACGACCGACAGCUGAUGGCCGUCCUCGGGAACCUGAUGGCGAAACUCACGAACCUGACCGAGCUCUCCGUGGGAUUCUCCACGCUCACGGGACAUCUGAGGAAACUACUCAGCCCCCUCCAGACGCCCCUUGAAAGCUUGGAGCUAGCCAACUGCAGCCUGAGCCGCGUGGACAUGACCUACCUGGCCAACAGCCUGCACAGCGAGUACCUGGUGCGCCUGGACUUGAGCGGCCAUCCCGUCCUGGACGACUUCGCCGUCGCCUUCCUCAAGCUGCUGGGCCGCUGCUCGGCCUCGCUGGCCGGCCUGGCUCUGGAGGAGUGCGCCUUGGAGGACGCCGACAUCUUGGCGGAGGCGCUGUCCCGCUGCCGGGCGCUGGAGGAACUCAAGCUGCUGGGCAACCCUUUGAGCGCACGGGCCCAGCGGAGGCUCGUGACGGCGUUGUCGGCAGGGUUCCCCAAGCUCGGGUACGUGGAGCUCCCAGUUCCUCGCGAAUGCUACCCGGAGGACGCCGCGUACCCGCUGGACGACACGGCCCUGCUUCGGUACGACGUGGCGCUCUUUCGGGAGGUCAGGGAGCAGCUGCUCGGGAUCCUGGCGGGAGCCGGGAGAGGGGACGUGGAGGUGUGCACGCCCCUCAUGGGCGCCUACGAUCCGGAUAUUCACGAGACCAACAAUGAGCUGGGGGUGUCCAUGUUGAAAUCCUUUAACAAAGUCAUGGGGAACUUUAUAGAGACCAUUGCAGAAGUCAACGACAGAAGGGCAAACAAAAACAACUGACCAAUCAGAUCACUUCAUCAAUUCAGUGUGUGUGUGUGUGUAUAUAUAAUGUGGAAUAUAGUGACUUGAGUUCACUUCUGACUUUAUAACUUCGGGGUAUCCUGUCUCUACGUAUCAGUAAGCUAAUUGCAUAAUAACCAAACUUGAACUUACUGUUGACAAAAAAACAAAAAACAAGGCACUUGCAAAGAAAGUCCUUGUUUUAUUUUUUUAAUGAUGGCACUUGAAACCUGGCAUUCAAAUAUAAAAAUGCAUUUUAUUCAAGAGAAAUACGUUUUCUUAAAAAUGAAAAUCAAGUGAACCCCUGCUAUUCACGAAAAUCUGGAAUUGACACACCCUGAAAAGGUUUAACUGCUUACAGAUGCCACAAGAUGGCAGCAAAGUACACUAAAGUCCAGUUAAGCUACACGAUGACGUACUUCCUUGACACCAAGAUGGCGCUAAAGCAACACUAAUAAAUAGUUUGGUGUUUCGCAAGUAACAAUAGGAUAGGUUACAAAAAUAUGCAAAUAGGGAAAAACAAUCAUUUUUGGGGGGAAUAAAUAAACCAAAAUGUAGGACCCUCACAAUAAAUACACUUGUAUUUUUUUUCCCCCAGAUAAUUUCCGUUUGAGAAAAGUCAAUCCUACAAGAUUAAAGUCCCCUUUUCGAGGAAUAAAAUUUAAAAUGUACUCGUUUAAUUAUGAUAAAUUCUUUGUGUAAGGAUAAAGCAAUGUAUCAGAUGUCUGGUUAUACUGUACUUUGGUUUUGUAAAUGACAUAGUCUUCAUACAUCAACACCAGACCUUUUCUUUUAAAACAAAAAUAGAAACUUGUCUAAGUUAAACAAAUAACAAAACUAUGACAAAUUUCAUGAUUAUCACUACUCGCAAAGUACAACUCUUAUAUUCUUUGUCUUCAGUGGCUGUAAUUCUCCUUUGUAUUUUCUAACAGUUCCUUCCGAGGUUGUGAUUUCUGUAUUUCUGUAAUAAUUUUCAUGUUAAUGAACUCAAACAGCUGGGCUUGUUUCAAAAUGUACAUUUUAAUGACUAUAUAGGCUUUCAUUUUAAAUAUACAACGGCAAGGUUAUUCAUGCAGGGAUUUAACCAGCCCAGCUCUCUCGAUCUGUCUCUCAUUCAUUUCUUCAUCCAUUCCUCUCUUUCUUUCCUCUCACGGAUCACUUCGUCAAGGUACGGCAUCAGGUAGGGCUCAUCCUAAAUGGAUGGAAAGCGGUGUCAACAAUUCACACGCAAGGACAAAACGCGCACUUCAGAAAACCUAUAUCUGCACCUCUUCGUAUUUUUUCCACUGAUCCUUGGGGAGGAUCUGGUGCUUCAUGGACAGAUCCAGAGCUCUCUUGAUGCGGAACAUGCGGUCGUUGUAGACGUUCUCCGGGAGCCUGCGCAGGGCCUCCUUCACGUCGUCGUCCUCGUGUAUCGUGUCGUCUCGCAUCAAACCUGCCACAGGCGAGUCAAAAUCGAACUUCUACUCGCGGUUUUAGGCUCAUAUUUACCUUUCCGUGCUUACCGAUCUUGUUGAAGCCGCUUAAAUUGUAGUACCAUUUGCGCACACUGGACAGAAGCCUGC